AUGGAUAAUCCCCCCGCUGCUCAAGAGAGCGACACCUCACUUGUGGCUCGAGUCAUCGCAGCUAUCUUGUUUAACGGCCCUACAGUCAUCCCGUUCAUCCCAACCUAUCUUCAUCUCAUCGUUGCCGCCGUGCUGCCCAUCUGCACCGGUGCCCAUGCUUCCCUCAAACGCCCCGCAAACACACUCUCUCCUGCUCAGGUUCGCAAGUCUCGUAACGGACAGGAAACCGAUGACGACCUUCUCGAAGACGAUGAGGACGAGGAUGACGAGGCCUCGGCAUCGCCCAUCGAAAACCUGACUGCCACGGAUGCUUUGAUGUUUCCGGUCACCGCUGGUGUUGUUCUCGGGGGUCUCUUCCUUAUCAUCAAGUUUUUGAACGACCCCAGUAUCCUCUCGCGUAUCAUGACAUGGUACUUUUCGGUCAUGGGUGUAUUUGCUGUUGGGAAGACUACUUCGGAUCUCUUGAGCAUUUCCAUCUCAUACGUCUUUCCCGGGCGCUUCCGCUCGGCUGAUGGCAAGAUUUAUGUUGCGGGAUACAGCUCGUACAAGGCCAAGGAUAGUGACUCCAAGAAGGAGAAUCCGUGCGGAAGACUGUGCUUUUUGCCCAAGAGCCUCUGGGGACCAACCUGGGCACUGAGGCGCACACUUGGAAUGAGAUGGUGUCUGGUUAUUAAGUCAAAAGGCUGGAGCCAAAAUAUCAAGAAAAGAUUUUGGGUUGGCGAUCUGGUUGGCUUGGUGUCAGGCUUGAUGGUCGUCGGGGCUUAUGCUCUUGGAGGAAAGCAUUGGACCUUAUCUAAUAUUAUGGGAGUUUCAUUUUCUUAUGGAGCUGUGCAGUUGAUUUCACCUACUACCUUCCAGACAGCCAGUAUCCUCCUCGGAGCCCUUUUCUUCUACGAUAUUUUCUUCGUUUUCUACACGCCACUCAUGGUUACAGUCGCUACAAACUUGGAUGUCCCCAUCAAGCUACUGUUCCCGCGCCCCGGAGUAACCAAGGAUGGAAAAGCAGCGUUGGCCAUGCUUGGCCUUGGUGAUAUCGUAAUUCCAGGGCUUGUAGUUGCUAUGGCUCUUCGUUGGGAUCUUUGGAGGUUCUAUGAAUCUAAGCGUAGAGCAAACUUGGAACGGAUGGAGAAGUCGGCCGUGGAUGAGAUUGCAGACAGUGACGGACACGACAUCAAGCGUAGAAAAACCAUGAGCGAGGAGGAACUUGUUCUUUUGACGAAGCCACGAUACGUUAAAGUUACUGGUAUCUUCGGGGAGCGUUCCUGGGGCGGUGUUGAGGGCACUGCAUUUGGCAAAGAGUACUUCUGGUCCAGCAUCUAUGGAUAUAUUGCGGGCAUGAUUGCAACGUUGAUGGUAAUGCACGUUUUCAAGCAUGCGCAGCCAGCAUUGCUAUACCUCGUACCUGGUGUGUUGGGUUCUAUCUGGGGAACCGCCGCAUAUAGAGGAGAACUCGGUCUCAUGUGGCACUACACUGAAGAGGGCGAUCCAUUGCCCGAAACCACAGUACCAGAGAAGAAGAAAGCGGACGAGAAUCCAUUCGAAGAGAAGAAACCUUUUGAAGCCAAAGAGGAAACGACUGACGAUAAUGAGCAUGAUGAUGAUAAAUCCACCAAAUCCACCAAGUCCUCCAGGUCCUCUCAGUCUACCAAGUGUGAAGACGCGCCAAAACAGGAGAAGGAGGAGGAGGAGGAUGAAGAGGAGGAGUGGAUCAGUGUCUCGGUGACCAAGAAGCCUGCUGUCGGCGCUAGACGUAGAAAGGUGAAAGGAAAGGGCAUGGAAGUCCCAGCUUCAAUAGCUGACGAGUUGGAAUUGUUGAGCUCGUCAAGUACCACUUCCUCGGCCGAGGCCGAGGCUGAAGCUUAG